GUCUGCCGUCUUUGUCUCUGGUGCAGUACACGAUGAGCCCCGCGAUGCUGCUGAAGGCCUGGGCCGUCCUCACGCUUCUGGCAACACUUCUGCCCCAGGUCUCCCCCGCCGCUGUGGACGAAGGAGAGGUCCCUGGCAGUGUGAUGAAACAAAGCACAAACGCGUGUGAGGCCGCAGGAGGAACAUGCACCAAGGAUUCACAAUGCAAUAAUCGGGCCCCGCAGCUUGAGUGCUCUGAGGACGCCCCUUACUGCUGUUUGUCCUCCUCCAACUCGUCCAGCACAGGAGACGAAGGUGGCGAUGGACAACACUACCAGAGGGACGCAGGCGCAGAGGGUGACGCAGACCACAAGCAGGCUCGGCGAAGAGACAACGACGCCCGUAGGGCCAACAACUGCGUCCCGAACACGAAGUGCGCGGACGCCGGGGGAGUGUGCACCCAGCGGAGGCAAUGCACGACCAGAGUACUGAUCAACAAGUGCGGCAAGAAUACCAAGUGCGAGUGUUGCCUCCUAGCGCGUACAGUGACGAAAGCACCCAGUCCAGCUGUGAUAAUAGCUUCGGACGAGCAGCAGCAGUUGGUGAACCUCUCGGCUAUCGUUCUAGAUCUUCUGAGUCUCCAAAACACAAUCACCAAUGCCCUGACGGCUAUAAUUAGAUUCAUCCUCUCAAUAGUGGCACCUGACGUUGACUUUAGUGGCCGACGGACGAGUAUCUCAAAGGACGUCGACAACCUUCACGCCACGGCAGCGAAAUUAGUGAAAACCGUGAUGAGCAGGAACACGUUAAAUAUCAAGACAGUAAUCAUUGAGCUGGAGAGCCAACGAAUCUCUUUAAUGAAACACGACCCGCGCGGCAUAACUCGAGCUGACGUCGACAGCCUGAGCCGCACGUCAAAGCUCCUUGUGUCCGUCAUGAGAGUUCUCCCGGAUAUGUACGACGCAGCGCUGACGAAGGCGGUGUCCAUCAAGAUGCAGCAGGGUUGAUUGUUCCCUGACAAUCUCUGACCACCGCCACCACGACCCCUACGACAUGUCUUAAGACGUCAGUCGCUGUCUAGGCGACCCAAACGACAAGAUGACAAUAACAGCAACAAUGACAAAAAGAGAACAGUUAGAGAAGAAGCAUAAAGCCGCAAAGAUAAAAUUGGGAGAAUACGAGGGAGACGUGAAAUGCGUCUUUGUACUAUCGCCUACAGCAGCAGCAACAACAGAAGAGAACUGAUUGAAUGUCAGCGCUAACAUACUCGAAAGUAACUAAUCAAGAGUGACAGCCCAGCUAUCGACGACAACUUGACAAACCCAAAUAUCCUCACGCUCCUGUAAUUAACAGCAACGAAGACAUAACAGUCUUGGUCAACACGCCAAUGGUAUGACGCUGGCUGCAUUACUACCAGCCAAAGAUUCCCUCCUCCAAACACUAUCAGGCCGGCAUCUCCAUCUCCGCGUGGGCUUCAACACCUCCCGGCCGUUCUGUCCUGGCGGGCCUGGGGGACAUCCCGUUUUCACACUCUGAGGCUCCAGGAUCCAACCCUAAAUAUCACCCAGCUGAUGGUUUGCCUUCAUUACAGUGACAAAGUUUUCGGUUUAGUUGAAAUGUAGUACCCAGCACGUCUGAGGUCAUUUAAAUGUGAACUGUCAAUAUUAAAACUUUUGCACAUGA